GUGUGCUGGAGAGACAAAUAUUUGAUUUCCUUGGAUAUCAGUGGGCACCUAUCCUGGCCAAUUUUGUCCAUAUUAUUAUCGUCAUUCUUGGUUUAUUUGGAACUAUUCAAUAUAGACCUCGUUACAUAACAGGAUAUGCUGUCUGGCUAGUCCUCUGGGUUACGUGGAAUGUGUUUGUUAUCUGCUUCUAUUUGGAGGCUGGAGACCUCUCAAAGGAAACAGACCUUAUCCUGACUUUUAAUAUUUCAAUGCACCGAUCUUGGUGGAUGGAGAAUGGACCAGGAUGUACGGUGACAUCAGUGACACCCGCCCCAGACUGGGCCCCAGAGGACCAUCGCUACAUCACGGUCUCAGGGUGUUUUCUGGAGUACCAGUACAUAGAAGUGGCCCAUAGUUCCCUCCAGAUUGUCCUCGCACUGGCAGGGUUCAUCUACGCCUGUUAUGUUGUGAAAUGUAUAACUGAAGAAGAGGACAGCUUUGAUUUCAUAGGUGGCUUUGACUCUUAUGGCUAUCAAGGUCCACAGAAGACAUCUCAUUUACAGCUACAGCCUAUGUACAUGUCAAAAUAAUACCGAUGACUUCAGUAUAUCAGCUCAUGGACUUUUCAAAGAACUUGUUUCCCAGUGGCCUCCUGCAUUUUAUGAAGAGCAAGAAGCAACCGAAUCUUAACAUAUAUACAUAUUAACACAACAAACACAAAGCCUCUACUAUACUGAGACGCGAACGCGGGGACACACACGCACACACACGCACACACCAAUUCCACUUGACCUCCUCUCUCUAACUGAAAUAGACAAAUAUGCAGGACACGCCCAUCUUGGAUUUCCUGAAAGCAGGCUCCUUUCUCCCAGGCCUUUGGAAAAGGAGGUGCGAUGGUGCCCUCUGCUGGCCACUCCUAACUCCUCCGCAGCCCAGCCCGCCGGCCUCUGCGAGC